UUGUUAACUAUGUUUGGCUAAUACUUUAGUUGCGGGUUUGUUGUUUUCGAGUACGCUAACGUUCAACGUGUUGUUACCUGUUUUGUUUCUUUAGCUAUUCGAUUUCCUGCUUUAACUUGGUCGAAUGCCUCCUACCAUAAAUCCACCGCAAAAUGCCGACAGAGACCGUCGACGCCAACAGGCGUCAUCGGUUACAACAGCGCCUGGAGAGAGAAGGACGGAUUUGGUUUGUCGGGUGAAAUAUUGCAACACUCUUCCAGAUAUUCCCUUCGAUCCUAAAUUCAUAACUUAUCCAUUCGAUUCCAAUAGGUUUAUACAGUACAAUGCCACUUCUUUGGAAAAGAACUACAAGUAUGAGUUGCUUGCUGAGCAUGAUCUUGGCAUCACUAUUGAUCUAAUUAAUCCAGAAGCUUAUGCCAAGGAGCAAAAUGCUCAUUUGGAUCCUGCUGAUGAAAGAUUGCUGGAAGAAGACUCCCAUCAUGCACCUCAAGAUGCCAAAAGAAAAGCACAACAUGCCAAGAAUGUAUCCUGGUUGAGGCGUACAGAAUACAUUUCAACUGAAGCCACACGAUUCCAGCCUAUGACAAUUGAAAAAGUAGAGGCUAAAGUAGGUUAUAGCAUGAAGAAGGCUCUCAAGGAAGAACAUGUAUACAUGGAUCAUGAGAGCCAGAUUAAAGCUAUUGAAAAAACCUUUUCUGAUGCCAAGAAACCCAUUGUGGAGCACAGCAGCAAAAAGGGCGUCACUGCCGUUGAAGUCUUGCCCGUUCUUCCCGAUUUCAAGUUAUGGAAGUAUCCAUGUGCCCAGGUUAUCUUCGAUGCAAAUCCGGCACCCGUGGAUCGGCCUACUCACGUGCAAGUUGAGGAAAUGUCUCAGGCUAUGAUUCGAGGCGUGAUGGAUGAAACUGGAGAACAAUUUGUUGCCUACUUUUUACCAACAUCGGAAACCUUGACGAAACGCGCACGAGAUGCCUCCCAGUCCAUCGAUUACGAUGACAAUGACGAGUAUGACUACAAAAUGGCCCGUCAGUAUCAUUGGAACGUCAAAAGUAAGGCCUCUAAAGGCUACGAAGAAAACUACUUUAUUGUCUUCCGCGACGAUGCCGUUUACUAUAACGAAUUGGAGACGAGAGUUCGACUGACUAAAAGGCGACCGAAACCUGGCGAGCCUGCCACAUCCAACACCCGACUGGUGCUGAAACAUCGUUCGUUGACAUCGCGUGAGCAUCGCAUGUUCCGUCAGCGCGAAAGGCAGCUGGAACCCGCCAAUCAAGCUGAGGACGAAGCAGAUAUGGAAGAGGAUGAAGAAGAAAACGACGACGAAGAAGAAGUAGAAGUCGGUAGUACACGACUGGCCAAAGAGGACGACAAAGAAGAUGAAGAUAAAGAUGCUGAAAGUGACGCGCGUAGUGAGCGUUCUCGGUCACGCUCCCGGUCCAAGUCCAAAUCUCCAAGAUCUGCUAGUAGCGCAGGUUCUAGCAGUCGCUCGCGAUCCUCUAGUGCAGCAUCAUCCCACCGUUCUGCUUCACCACCGGCUGCAGAAGUUGACCAGGCGCAGGAUAAAAAGAGCAGCAGUGGAAGUGGUAGUUCAUCUUCAUCGUCCAGUGCCAGCAGUAGCGCCAGCAGCAGUGGAAGCAGCAGCGACAGCGAAUGAAUUCGCACAAUGAAAAGAAUGAAGAAAAAAAAAAAAUGAAAUUGAAUAAUAACAAUCCGAGGGGUUUGUAUCAAUCGGCGGCGUCCAUAAUACAAUGAGAAAUGCUUUC